UUUGCCGGCUGCCGCUAUUAAAGCGUACCACCCAAAAACGGAGAGAGGCCGAGCGCCAGUAAUGAAGCACUCGCAUUGCCUCUUUUUGCUUUUCUUGGUCUCCAUCCUCGUGGCCUCGUCGGCGGUCACCGUAUCGCCUAACAAGGCGGCGGCACGGGAGAAGGCCUGGAAGGCGAGGGCGCCGGUGCAGCUGGCCGACGAGGCCUUCCUCGCCCGCCUCUGCGACGACCGCGAGCAGCAGCGCCGGCGGGGGCGGCCACCGCGGAUCCUCCCGUUGUGCACGCAGCUUCACGCCAGGCGCCAAGCAGGCGCCCACCAGUAUCAGCACCUGCCGAUGCCGCCGCCCAGCCGCAACGACGAGCAGAUAGACCCGCGCUACGGGGUGUCCAAGCGGCUCGUGCCGAGCGGGCCUAACAGGCUGCACAACUGAUGAUCGCGCGACGGCCGUCAGGUUUUCCUUGCUACCUUUUCUUGUGUUAGUUUAGUUCGAGCCUAGCUUGCGUGCUGCACUGCACGUACGCGUGCGGGCAAGGCUUUCCGAUCGUGGAUGUAUCUUGCAUGGCAUGGGGGCAUACAUGCGCCAUGUCCUGCAUAGUCCUCCGGUUCGCUGAGAAGAUGACCGCGUGAUGAGACGACGAGACGUUUGGCAGGGCCGGGUGAUAAGGGAGGAGGAUGAACGCAUUCAGCUAUAUUGCUUGCAUCUUCAUCAUGUACCUUCUAUAUUUUAGUUUGAUUUCGUUUAAUUUAAGCUUGCCGCCGAAAGGUUA